ACAUGACACGGUCAUUUACAUAACCAGGCCAUUUGACUUAUUGUUAAUAAUAAUAAUAGAGAGGCAGGUCCAUAAUGAUGGGUGAGGACUUUUAAAGGCCUGCAGGUGUUUCAUGUAUUUCUACUAACUGUGAGGUUAUUUUGAUGAGUCUAGCGUUCUCGCUUGGGGGGGCGGAGCUUUUCUGAUCGUUUUAAAGAACUCUGUUCGUGUUUCGCUCUUUUCUCUGUGGUUUUGUGUGAACUUGUUGAAAGAGGAACGAUAGUGACUUAUAUCGUGUUUGAAAAGUGAAACUGAAGAGCGUCGAAGGUUUGAUCUCAGGGACGUUCUCAAAUGUAAAUCGCCACCUCACAGGACCAGACUACGUUGGAAGCACAUUUCUGUCUCCAGCUUUUCAGUGUUAAAGAGGCUGCAGGUCAUGUGACCUCUGUGGUCCUGUCAGAAGGUUUUCUAUAGAAAAUGUAAAAAAUGCCUUUUGUUUCCUGUCUCGGUGUCAUUUGUCUCCUGGGGGAAAUAAAGUUCAGCAGUGGAAACAUUUGAUUAAAAAGUGUUUUGUUUCACUGUGUGAGGACAGGAAACAGGAAACAGUAGGUUUGGAUUAUAAGUCGUGUUUCAGACACUUCACUGUUACGCAGUUUAUGCUGAAAAUGAGGCAGAUGGGCUGUAACAGCCAGGUGUGACGCCCCUCACCUUUAUCAGCGUGGAGCUACUCGGUGGUCGGAGGGGAGACGGACUCGGUUUGCUCCACAGAUACGUUUCACAUAUUUGACUAAACGAGGUCCCUGAAACUGACCGAGCUCUCCACCUGGCAUCAAACUAAUGGUUGACGUCACGGCGUGACGUACAUCUUUUAUAUACAGUCUCUGGUUUGGAUAGAUGUGUUUAUUAACUGUAACUUCACGGGUGGGCGGAGGGAUACACACCUGGGGUUUAAAGACACUGCAAUGAGUGCGUGCGCGGUUUUGUGUUCAGUAACCGGAUCGGCAGCACUACUUAUCUGGUUUACCGGAAACGAAGCACGAUGAAGCACGCGGUCCUCCGGGGAAGUGUUGUGCCGUUGCUGGUGGUGGUCACGUCUGUGAUCAUUGUCGUUGUCAUCCUGCAGCAGUCCAACGUCUCGUUUGAAGCUGGUUGGCAUCAUAAUUUACCCAAGGUCAUCAAUUUCCCCCCUCACGGUGCCAAAAUAUCCAGCAAGCGUUCAGCUGGUGUAUGUGGUACUCCAAGAGAGUGUCCUGCACAUGAGAUCAGUUUCUACAUCCACAGCGGAGCCGCCAACGUCGUCCCUCCGGCCAUCUGUGUCCAAAACAAACUGGUUCUGGGAACUGCGCUGAACAACGCUGGAGGAGGAAUAAACAUCGUUAUCCUAAAUGGUAAAACGGGAGAAGUCCUGAAGACGGAUCACUAUAACAUGUACAGUGGAGAUGUGAAACCGUUCAUUGAGCUACUGAAGAGCAUCGAGAGAGGCUCCAUCGUUAUAAUGGCGUCCUACGACGAACCCUCAACAAAGUUAAACGAUGAGCUCAAGAAUCUGAUUGCUGAACUGGGAAGCUCUCACAUCCACUCGCUGGGAUACAGGGACAACUGGGUGUUUGUUGGUGGCAAAGGAGUAACGGGGAAGAGCACCUUUGAGAAGCACAUAAAGAGCGACUCGGCAACCAACAAAUACGAUGGCUGGCCCGAGCUGAUCGGGCUGGAGGGCUGCGUCCCCAAAUUCCCGGAGUGACAGGCGAGGCUGCAGACGCAUGGCUGGUGAUUUAGAGACUGAUCUGGGACCGGAAAAUUGUGCAAACCAAAUCCAGGUGAACCCACCUGCCCUGUUUCUUCUAUGUGUGAGGCUCUCAUGGAAGCUGGACUCUGUCUCCGUCUCCAGGAAUAAAAAAAAAAAAAAAAAUCAGGAAAAUACAUUUUAGGGUUUCAGAUUUGCCACCUUUUUAUUGAAGUGUGACAGGAAGUGAGGUGAGCUUUGGAGCUCUGUAAUCGUUAGUGAGAAACUCCCCUUUAGAUAAGAUGACUCAGUUCAACAGGACAAGCAGGUCUUUCCUGUGCAGUAAGAGAGCGGACAACCUCCUGAAUGUUUCUGACAUCCAGCCUCUCCUGAAGUGCUGCAGGCACCAUCACCUGAACCAGAAUCUCCAGAUUUUAUCUGCAAGUCCUCCCAAAGCACCUCAGCCGCACCUUCCAGUUUGUUUCUUUGUUAUUUUUUUAAAGUGUUGCUUUCAUUUAUAAAGAAUUACAAACGAAACGGAUGAUAUCAAACCAGCCAGAAUCACACACAGGUCUGGGGAUGUUUCUGGACUUUUUUUAAAUGUGCAUUUCUAUUUUUAUAUUGUCCUUUUUUGAGUUUAAGGUUAUUACAAAGUGAAUUAGUUUCUGGGCUGUGGGUCUGCACAUCUUACCCAUUUUUGGAUUCGUGGUUGUUGGUUUGUUUACAUUAAAAAUGAAAGAAAGCCGAAUGAAGAAGACGCCGAUGCUUUGACUCCGAUUUCGAAGGCAGAUGAAGGUUGCCCGGUUCUACCUGAAGCUUCUUCCUGUUUAAAGGGAGUUUUUCCUUCCUACUGUCACAGAGUGCUUGAUCAUAGCGGGCUGUCUGAUUGUUGGGUUUCUCUGUUUUAUUGUAGGAUCUUUACUGCACAAUAAAAGGUGUUUGAGGCCACUGUUGUGGUUGGGUACUAUAUAAAUAAAGUUUACUUGAACUGAA